GGCAUCUUGCCUCUCAACAAACUGGCCAAUCAAGCCCCCGUUUUUAACGCUUCGGCGCCUGGAGACAAGUGCCCGGAUGUAAAUUGCAUUCCGUCCACAGAGUAACGAGUGAAACUGAAAGUGUAGCGUGUUGAACGUAAAAUAUCUUUUGACUUUAAAAUCGUCUGCAAGUUUUUGGAUCAUUGAGACUUGUCAGGAAUCCAUCCAGUAUGACGAGCACUGGGCAUCACCUGCGCACCCUAGCGCACAGGCAUCUCAAAGAGAGAGAGUGCGCUGCCCUCAAGCAAGCCAUCCAAGCCUUCAAACAGACCAAAUCCGUCUUAACGUUCUGCACCACACUGCGAAGCCUGCUCAACACCCAGGAGAAGAUGGUCCUUCUGGAGGCCAUCUUCCCAAUGAUUCCCGAGGACCUACAGGAGGAUUUUGACCACCUUUGCUGUCUGAACUUCGAGGGCUAUCAGUCCCAGAUCCGACCGCAGAUUCUGGAUAGGAUCAGCUCAUCACAUGGCAGUAGGGACAUUUCUAAGGAGGCUGCCCCAAAUGGAAGCGGGAGACUCAUCAAGCGGAAGUCCUCUUCUAAGGUGCUACUCCCUGUAGAGCAGAUCCGAGCAGCCAUGGGCCUAGAAGCUAGAAACAAGGCUGUGUUAACUGCUCACCAGAAAGAAGUCCGUAAAGCAGUCAAUAACAGUCCUUCCAGGAGAGCUGACUUAAUCAGGGUCCGUAGAGACAGCUCCAGGUCCUCAGAAGGGAGAAAGGAGCACAAACGGAGCCGUACAAUGGAGGUACAUGUAGACCUGGGGAGAAAUCAUUCUCAAGAAUUAGAGGUCCCGCCUCUUGCCCUCAACUCCAGCAGUGAGCAGCAUCAAGGCAGUGAGGAGAAGACCACACCCAAGACAUCAUUGUCCUCUGCUACCUCCUCCCAACCCAUUCAGAUCAGGAAGGUCAAGUUGACACAUCGUGAGAACGAGACUCUUGGCUUCAGUAUCCGAGGUGGCAAAGACUUGAAUGCUGGAAUCUAUGUCUCCACGGUUGAUCCUGGUGGACAAGCUGACAGACAUGGACUGAAGGCUGGUGAGCGGAUUUUGAAGGUCAACGACACACCCUUCAAAAGCAUCACCCAUGCCCAGGCUGUUGUGGCACUCAAGUCUGCACGCCGACUGACCUUGUAUGUGGCACCAGUUGGCACAAUGCCAGGAUCAACACCAGAUGGAACACCUAGGAGUGAGGUCAGUAGUGCUAGAUCAAGUAGCAGCCAUCAAUCUGUCAAGAGUGCUACAAGCAACAGUAAGCAUGGCAACAGUAGCCAUAACAACAACCAAGAUGAGGCUGAUGGGUCAAAGGUGAAGCGAGUGACCAUCAUUGCUGAUGAGGAUGGAUGGUUAGGGUGUAGCAUCAGAGGUGGUGUGGACUAUGAACUGGAUGUGACGGUAGCCAAUGUAGACCCCAUGUCUCCUGCUUAUAGGGCUGGGUUGAAGAAGGGACUGUACAUCACUAAGGUGAAUGGAGUCAGUGUUGAAGGUUUAACUCAUGAACAGAUUGUUAGCCUGGUCACAGCUUCCAAUGUAGUAGUGCUUCAUGUCAAACCAGGUCCCAAGAAAUCUUCCGAGAGCCAGAAGGGUAAGGUGAAACAUAGACGUAGCCAGACUGCAGACGCAGCCCUCGUCAGUCCGAGACCAGAGGAGAGCAAACCUCCUAGCCAUCCAUCUCUCACACAGUCUCCCAAGCAAACAGGAAGACUAGCUGCUAACUUUGCUGAGUUUGAGCUGGAAUUACAGGCCACUCCACCUGUGUCCACCUCAACCCCUCUACCCCCUGACAAUCAUCCAGCCCUGAUAGUUAACAGGAAGAACCAGGGAUGUACACUACACAACCGCCUGCCUACCCCUGAUGGUGAUCUCAGAGGCAUCUCCCCUGAUCCUUCUGGUAGGUUUGUCAGGAUCCUCAACGACACCAGAGAUCUGGACAGCUCUGGUGGCUCAAGCACAGAGAACACACCAAGGGAAGGGUCUAAGUUUGAUAUGGGAACCAUCCGCCUCAACAUGGCCAAUCAAGUGGACAAAGCUGGUCAGGAUGACAGCAAGAUCAUGAAUAACAUCUCAGGAAAGCGCACCCACACCUCUACCAAGGACCAUGUCAAGGACAUAUUCCACGUGAAUGACAACGCCGAGGAAUAUAGAACACCAGUUGGUAGUCCCAAACCUGACAGAAAUGCCACCAAUGGACUGAACACACCCCAAAUGAACAGGUACAUCAGAGACAACCUGAACAUCUUAAGCUCACCGUACAAUAACAUUGAGCAGGAGAUUCGUCUGGCUAAUUACAGGCCGUCUACACCGUCCAAGCAGUUACCCAUCAUGAAACCACUGGUCAACUCCCAGGUCCAUCAGGAGUUGACUGGCAAGAGAUCCAAGCCUCCACUCUGCCCCAACAUUCCCGUGGCCCAGACCUCGCCAGUGUCCAAGUUCUUCAAGAAGAUGUUGAGAAGGAACAGCGAGUCUGGUAGCCGGACGGGCAGUAGCCUGCGAAGCACCAGCAUGGAGAGUCUGAAUGAAGACAGGACGAGUCUCAACUCGCUUGGGGCCGCAUCGGGCGACGGUUCAGCAAUGCACCGAUCGGCGUACGACUUGAUGGUGGAAAAUGAUCCUGAUGUUACACUGCUGUAAGUGGUUUCAGUGAAAUUUCUCAUGAAAGUGGUUAAGUGAAAAGAAAAAUAUAGAUCAUGGUGUUUUUGGAUGAACAACCUCUGUAGUAAUACAGACUUCUCAUAAAACAGUAGUUGUAAAGUUUGUAACUUUCAGAUGAGCGAUUAUUUAGAACUUAAGCCUCAACUUCUGUGAUCCUUUCAAAUCUACCAGGUUUAGGAAGAUUUUGUAGGAUUGAGGAAGAUAGAGUCUAGCUGUAUUUGUUUUCACAGGGGACUUGCUGCUUCCUGAAGUUUUGUGUGAUGGAUGUGAAGAAUUCUGGUUUUGUGCCCAUUGAGUAGGUUUGGAAGAUUACCAAAGUUCCAUCUGGUCAUUGAUAAUUGAGAAGGAAAGUUAGGAAAAUAUGCAUUUAAGUGGGAUGCUACAUUUUGAAAGUUGAUUUUUAUUAUCUCUAGGGAGUAUUUUUAAUCAUCAUAGGUUUCCUGAUAUUCAUGUGUAUUUAUUCAAGACAUUCAAUUUUCACUUGUAGGACUACAUGUCGAACAAAAAAACCUCCCAGAAUGACUAAUUUUUUUAAAGCUCGCCACAAAAUUUGUAGUAAAAUAUUUAGCUCCUUGAACUGGUAGGAUGCUAUGCUGAUUAUUGUUCCAGAAUGUGACUUCCAUGUAGUUUAAGUAAAUUGCCACCAUAGAUGCAUUUAUUACUUGUAGGUUUAAUGUACAUGCAUAAACGAAUUGAUUUCUACAAAAAGUACUAGAGGUGUUGGCCAACCCUUUUCUGUCAAUUAAAAUACGACUCCAUUUUAAUAUAGGGCCAUAAAUGUUGACAUUCCUGUUUUAAUUCAAAAUAAACACCUUUUCACAGCAUCACUUUUGUCUCGACAAUCAUUUUUUUAUUAUCUACAAUGAUACGUGUAUGCAUUAAAGUGUCCAUAUUAAAAUUUUUGAUAAGAACUUCCUUUUUACCCACGGAGUGAAAUGGGAUGACUGAAAUCCAUUUUGGGAUCAAUUUAUUUGUACAUUUUGAAAUAUGAAGUGCUAAGUGUUCUUUCCUUCCUACUAAGUAUACACAUUACACAGUAAUAUUUAUAAAGGCAGUGCCAAUAACACUUGCAUGUUUAAAUAAAACAUUAUUUGUGUAAAUAUUCAGUUCUGACCUUGGAGAAAGUGGCCUUGUACAACAAGCCAUUACAGCAGCAACAUGCUGUAGUUGUAAAUAUGUUAUUCUACAAAAUCAUCUCAAUUUAAUUGGUUUUACUAUUCACUUGUAUCAUUAAGAAUAAUUCUUUUCUAUGUUACAAAUAUAAAUUAGGUAUCGCUUGAUUUAAAAACUGUUGGGGAUGAGUAUAAACUGUACGAGGUAGAGGGAAUUUUUCUAGGUGUUGUAGGCACUUGAAGAUUACAAAUAAAUGGUAUUGGAUAGAACAGGUGCAACAA